AUGGCUGAUGAACGAAAUUUUCGUUCAUCUUAUUACGAAAAGGUAGGAUUUCGUAGUGUCGAAGAAAAGAGGUCUUUGGAAAUAUUACUUAAGGAACGUCCAUUUGACAAAGCAAAACUGAAACAGUUCUGCCUACGAUUUACAGUUCCUACAAUAUAUAGGAAUUUCCUUUGGAAAAUAUUAUUGGACGUGAUACCAGUUUAUGUAGAUAGUCAUGAAUUUAUAAUGAAUCAAAGAAAAGCAGAAUUCCAAGAUCUACAAAAAGCACUAAAGGUUACCAAGAUUUUGGAUGAUUACACAAAACCUCAUUUAAUGUUUCUUACUAUGUGGUUAUUGCGUACUAGAAGAGCAAAACUUGAUAUGAGUACUCAGUUAGAAAUUCCUUUACAUAGAGCUAUGAGCAGAAUGGCUGAAACUUUAUGGCAUAUUGUUGAUAUUGAUUGUCACGAGGAAAAACUUGUUGACACAUAUUGGAUAUUAUGUGGACUCUUAGACCAAGUACAAAGAUUUCACAAGGAAGUCAGUAGAUUGCAAGAGUGCACUUGUACUUUGUUAGAAAGAGAGGAUCCAGAAUUAUAUAAGCAUCUUGUUAAAAUUGAAGCACUACACAAUAUUCCAUAUGAUAUUUGGUUCUGUUCAUGCUUUGCAGGAACAAUAUCUGAUGGUUCUAUAGCAAAAAUAUGGGAUAAAAUAGCAGUGGGUGCAUACAGAAUUUUAAUCUUUGUUACUGUAGUUACCCUAACAACUUUAAGGAGACUUUUACUAAGAUGUGAAAAUAUAGAUAGUAUCUUAAAUACUAUUGCUCAUAUAACAGAAGAAUCUUCAGAAGUAAUUGUCAACAAAGCAAUUGAAUCUUGGCAGCAAAGUGGUUCAACACUGACAACAAUUUCACAAACUGUUUAA